CUGCUAUGAAACAGACAAGGACAAUAGGAAUUUAGAUACAACAUAUAGUCUUGUUUUAGCAGAAAAUGUAGUGUUUUUGUACCAUAUUAUAAAUAAAUUUUCAACCAGAAAAGCCAGGCUUAGAUAAACAGUGCUGCCUUACCGGUGCAUUAGAACAAGAAGCAAUACUGCAGAGCUGCAAAUGUGUAUAUGAAAAGGAGAAAGAGUUAAUUUUGGAGAUUCUCAGGUAUUCUAUAGGACAGACCUGUUAAAGCAUUGCUUGAUGAUUGAUUUUUUAAUUUUUUUUUAACCUUGGUCAUUAAGACUAUAAAGAAGAAACUUUCAUCUUAAGGAUACAAUAUUCUGGACUGUUCCUGAUGCAGAAGAAUUAUUGCUUUGCUUGCUCUACAGAAUAAAAUAAGUUGAAGAAAAGACAAGGCUAUAUUAUUACAGCGAGAGGAAAGGUUUUUCAGAAUCCAAGAUCAGAGCUUUGCUGCAUGUUGCCUUAUUUGCUUUGAUCGAUAUAGUAUUAACUGUUACCACUGUGCAUGCCUGUUCCAGAUGUCUGAGUAUGUGUGUCUGUCUUUUCUGAACUAGAAACAAAUAUCUUGAUUUACGGUGAUUUGCUUGUUAAAAGUGAACAUUUUGAUGAAAGCUGUUGCAGUUAUUUAGAACAGUACUCUAAGCUACAAAAAGCUCUGGAUUUUAGUUUGAAAGGAAAAACUGCUUUUAUAUAAUGCUGCAAAUGGUGUGUGAUUUGUAAAAAGAAACUUAACAGAAUUUUGUCAACAAACCUAUUCUGUGUGGCUCUGACUUGAAAAGGAAGCUACCUUUUCCAUCUCAGGAAAUGGCUUUUCUUGUUCGCUGUUAUGCCAAUUGUCUUCAGCCAUGGGCCUCCAAACUUCCAGCCGAUCUUACCAAGAUGCACAUCACAGACAACCCUCAUCCACAGGUGACUCAUGUAUCUUCUAGUCAAUCUGGUUGUAGCAUCGCCAGUGACUCUGGGAGCAGCAGUUUAUCUGACAUUUAUCAGGCUACAGAAAGCGAAGUAGGAGAUGUAGAUUUAACACGUCUUCCAGAAGGACCUGUUGAUUCUGAAGAUGAAGAGGAAGAAGAUGAAGAGAUUGAUAGGACAGAUCCUUUACAAGGGCGAGAUCUUGUUCGAGAAUGUCUUGAAAAGGAACCUGCUGACAAAACUGAUGAUGACAUUGAACAAUUACUGGAGUUUAUGCACCAGCUUCCUGCUUUUGCAAACAUGACCAUGUCUGUAAGGAGAGAACUUUGUUCAGUGAUGAUUUUUGAAGUGGUAGAGCAGGCUGGAGCUAUUAUUCUUGAAGAUGGGCAAGAGCUUGAUUCAUGGUAUGUUAUUUUAAAUGGCACUGUAGAAAUCAGUCAUCCAGAUGGCAGAGUUGAAAAUCUCUUUAUGGGGAAUAGUUUUGGUAUUACUCCCACUCUGGAUAAGCAGUACAUGCAUGGAGUUGUUAGGACUAAAGUCGAUGAUUGCCAGUUUGUCUGCAUAGCUCAGCAAGAUUAUUGUAGAAUCCUAAAUCAUGUGGAAAAAAAUACUCAUAAAGUUGAGGAAGAAGGAGAAAUUGUUAUGGUGCAUGAGCAUCGUGAACUGGACCGGAGUGGAACCCGCAAAGGACAUAUUGUAAUCAAGGCAACACCUGAACGUCUCAUCAUGCACUUAAUAGAAGAACAUUCUAUUGUGGACCCAACUUACAUAGAAGAUUUUCUAUUAACUUACAGAACAUUUCUUCAAAGUCCGUUGGAUGUUGGAAUCAAAUUGUUGGAAUGGUUUAAAGUUGACAGCCUAAGGGAUAAGGUAACACGGAUUGUAUUAUUAUGGGUAAAUAAUCACUUUAAUGAUUUUGAAGGUGAUCCUGCUAUGACACGAUUUCUGGAGGAAUUUGAAAAGAACCUGGAAGAUACGAAAAUGAAUGGUCAUCUUCGGCUAUUGAAUAUUGCCUGUGCUGCAAAGGCUAAGUGGAGACAAGUUGUACUGCAAAAGGCUUCCCGGGAGUCUCCUCUGCAUUUUAGCCUUAAUGGAGGAAGUGAGAAAGGAUUUGGUAUUUUUGUGGAAGGAGUAGAACCUAGUAGCAAAGCUGCUGAUGCAGGACUGAAACGUGGUGAUCAAAUAAUGGAAGUGAAUGGACAGAACUUUGAGAAUAUUACAUUUGCAAAGGCCCUUGAAAUUUUGAGAAAUAAUACCCAUCUUGCACUUACCGUAAAGACCAACAUUUUUGUGUUCAAAGAGUUACUUAGUAGAACUGAACAGGAGAAAACUGGUAUUCUUCAUAUUCCCAAAAUUGCUGAGAAAAAAAGUAAUCGCCAUUCAAUCCAGGAUGUACCAGGAGAUAUUGAACCAACAUCGCAGGAAAAAGGAAAUAAGAAAGUAAAAGCAAAUACUGUUUCAGGUGGAAGAAACAAAAUCAGAAAAAUUUUGGAUAAAACACGAUUUAGUAUCUUGCCUCCAAAACUAUUUAGUGAUGGAGGCCUGAGCCAAUCACAAGAUGAUAGUAUUGUGGGAACAAGACACUGUAGGCACAGUCUGGCCAUAAUGCCUAUUCCUGGAACACUCUCAUCCAGCAGCCCGGAUCUCUUACAACCUACAACCAGCAUGUUGGAUUUUUCCAAUCCUACAGCUGUUGGUUUUUACUAUAUUCCUGAUCAAGUUAUAAGAGUUUUCAAAGCAGAUCAGCAAAGUUGCUACAUUAUCAUCAGUAAAGACACUACUGCUAAAGAAGUUGUUUGUCAGGCUGUUCAUGAAUUUGGUUUGACUGGUGCAUCAGAUACAUAUUCUCUCUGUGAAGUUUCUGUUACUCCUGAGGGUGUCAUUAAACAGAGAAGACUUCCAGACCAGUUCUCCAAAUUAGCUGAUAGAAUUCAGCUUAAUGGAAGGUAUUAUUUAAAAAAUAACAUGGAAACAGAAACCUUAUGUUCGGAUGAAGAUGCACAAGAAUUAGUUAAGGAAAGCCAGCUAUCCAUGUUGCAACUCAGUACCAUUGAGGUGGCCACUCAGCUGUCUAUGAGAGACUUUGAUUUGUUCCGAAAUAUUGAGCCUACUGAAUAUAUUGAUGACCUUUUUAAGUUAGAUUCCAAAACAGGAAAUACCCACUUGAAAGAGUUUGAGGACAUUGUAAACCAAGAAACUUUCUGGGUUGCCUCAGAGGUUUUAACUGAAUCAAAUCAACUCAAACGAAUGAAGAUUAUUAAGCAUUUUAUUAAAAUUGCACUUCAUUGUCGAGAAUGUAAAAACUUCAAUUCAAUGUUUGCAAUAAUAAGUGGCUUGAACUUGGCAUGUGUGGCACGACUCAGAGGAACUUGGGAAAAAUUACCAAGCAAGUAUGAGAAACACCUCCAGGAUCUACAAGACCUUUUUGAUCCAUCUAGAAAUAUGGCAAAGUACAGAAAUAUUCUUAGUAGUCAAAGCAUGCAGCCUCCAAUUAUUCCACUUUUCCCUGUUGUCAAGAAAGAUAUGACAUUUUUACAUGAAGGAAAUGACUCCAAAGUAGAUGGUUUAGUAAAUUUUGAGAAGCUAAGAAUGAUUGCCAAAGAAAUACGUCAAGUUGUUCGAAUGACUUCUGCUAACAUGGAUCCAGCUAUGAUGUUCCGUCAGAGGAAGAAGAGGUGGCGGAGUCUGGGGUCAUUGAGUCAAGGCAGCACAAACUCAAACAUGCUUGAUGUUCAAGGAGGUGCCCACAAAAAAAGGGCACGCCGUAGCUCCCUGCUUAAUGCAAAGAAGCUAUAUGAGGAUGCACAGAUGGCGAGGAAAGUGAAGCAGUAUCUCUCUGGUUUGGAUGUAGAGACAGAUGAAGAGAAAUACCAGAUGAUGUCAUUUCAGUGGGAGCCUGCAUAUGGUACUUUGACCAAGAAUUUAAGUGAGAAAAGAUCUGCCAAAUCAUCAGAAAUGUCUCCAGUGCCCAUGAGGUCAGUUAGUCAAGCAGCUAAAGCCCACUUGCAUCAGCCUCACAGAGUAAGCCAGGGGCUCCAGGUGCCAGCUGUUAACUUGCACCCCAUCAGGAAAAAAGGACAAACAAAGGAUCCUGUCUCAUUGAGUACAAGUUUGCCUCAGAAGGUCUUAGGAACAACUGAGGAAAUAAGUGGUAAGAAACAUAUAGAAGACACUAUUUCUGUAGCAUCAUCUUUACAUUCUACUCCUCCUGCAUCUCCUCAAAGUUCCCCUCGCAAAGGUUAUUCGCUUAUACCAUCAGCUAAAUCUGACAACUUAUCAGACUCCAGCCAUAGUGAGAUUUCUUCCCGGUCCAGCCUUGUGAGCAAUUGUUCUGUUGACUCCAUGUCUGCGGCUCUGCAGGAUGAUCGGUGUUCUUCCCAGACAGGGGCAGUCCCUGAAUCCGCUGGAGGAUUGGAAAAAGCAGAGCACUCCUUGGGAAUAGGAAAUCAUAGUCAUGUUGGCUCUGGGUGGACACACUCAAAGCCACCUCUAAUCAAAAGUUUAGCUGUCUCAUCUUCUAUGAGCAGUGAAGAGAUUUCUCAUGAGCAUGUAAUUAUAGAAGCAGCCGAUAGUGGUCGUGGAAGUUGGACUUCCUGUUCAAGCAACUCCCAUGACAACUUUCAAAACCUCCCAAACCCAAAAGGCUGGGAUUUUUUGAACUCAUACCGACAUUCGCAUUUGGAUGGCCCCAUUGCUGAAGUUGAACCCACUGAUUGUGAGCCUUAUUCAUCUCCCAAAAGCUGCUCUAGAACUUGUGGUCAGUGUAAAGAAAACCUUGAGACUAAUCAGAUAAGACAGAGUUGGGCCUCUUCCAGUUCUCUUUCUGACUCCCUUUCUGAACCAAACUAUGGAACAGUUAAACGAAGAGUUUUGGAAAGCACCCCAGCUGAGUCGUCUGAACGCUUGGACCCAAAAGAUGACACUGACCCAGUUUAUAAAACUGUUACUUCAAGUACAGAAAAGGGCUUGAUUGUGUACUGUGUCACCUCACCCAAGAAGGAGGAUAGGUAUAGGGAGCCACCUCCCACUCCUCCAGGAUACAUGGGGAUUUCUUUAGCGGACCUAAAGGAAGGACCCCACCUACACCUAAAACCACCAGAUUAUAGUGUGGCAGUGCAAAGGUCAAAGAUGAUGCAUAACAGCCUCUCUAGACUGCCACCAGCCUCUCUCAGUAGCAACCCUGUGACCUGUAUUCCAUCGAAGACUGUAACUCAGCCUCAGAGGCGUAAUUUGCAGCUAUCCCAUCCUAAACUUGCAGAUGUGACUGAUGCUGAUAGCGAAGCAGAUGAAAAUGAACAGGUUUCUGCAGUCUAGCCUGUGGAUGACAAUUUGAAGACUAUCGAAGGUUUUGGAGAAACGAGAGGUGUGGGCCACCUCAAGAUUCUGCAGGCCAUUGUGGACAGCUUUCUGCUACUACUAAUCUAGAGGUUUUAUUCCCUAUGCUCUGAGCAAAGUGCUAGCUCUGAAUCAUGCUUCCUUUCUUUUAAUCCCUAAAGAUGUAUAGUUUCUCAGCUUUGAAUGUUGUGCCUGGAUAUCAGUCCUUACUUUGCACACCAGACAUGCCUUGGGACCACAGUUACUAGAACAAAUUCAAACUCAGAGUCUCCCUUUGUAUAUCACUAUGCCUUUUCUUUUAACAAAGUUAUUUUUUAAGUAGUAAUACUAUUUCCAAGUCAUAACUAGAACUAAUGAACAAAAUCCAUAUAUCCUUGGUCUGCCAAUGCCAAGGAUAUUCUUAUGUAUUUGAAAGUAACUUAUUAUAUGAAAUAUUAGUUUUGUUUCUACUAGAAUGCUCUCAUUAACUGAUGUUUGUCUUUUGUACCAUAAAACUGGUUUUGGUCUAGUCAAACAGAAGUCAUCUUUUUACAGGAUGAAAUGCGUGAUCUAUACAGAGACAUGAUCUAUAAUUCCAAUGCCAUGCAGAGUUUUCUGGUUUUGAGUGAAAUCUGACACCAUUUGCUAUUGAAGUAUUGGGACUACAAAUGCUGUCAUCUUGCUGCUCAUGAUUUGAAAGGACAAAUGAAGCUGCAAUGGAGAUUUUUUUUGGUCUUUGAGGGAAAAGAAGGGAAUGGGCUAAUAGAAUAGAUAAGCAAUCCUAAUCCAAAGAAUGAGAUUUUUAUGUUAAAUACUGAUUCAUCCUGAAGUUAAAAGUUAUGGUGCAUCUAAUUGUAAUUUAAAAGUACAGUAAAUUGAGAAUGAGCUCUAGGGAGCUCUACUAUAGAAACCCAGUGAUGAAGUUCUGUUUUUAAAAGAAGUGUAAUCAUAGGUGUGUGACUAUGAAGAUUAAUUUAGCUUUAUACUGUGUACUUGCAGUGAAACUCAUUAUCCCAACAAAGUAUAUAAUUGAAAAUACUGCACCCUUGAGAGAAAGGAGUUGCAUACUUAAAUAGCCUAUUUGGCAUGACACUCUUAAGUAUUUAAAAUUUCAGUGACUAGUGAAUUAACUAGAUUUUGAACAUAUUAAUAGUUUUUUGUUUUAAAAAUUUUUUUCUGUAUUUUUUAAUUUUUCCUUUAUUUUUAUUUUGAAGGCAAGAAACUAAUGAAUUUAAUUUCCAAACAGAAAGCCAAAGCCAUUAAUGUGCACUUCCCAUAUCAACUUGGAGCCAAAAUGGAUUCACUUCUAUGUGAUUAUAUGUGAACAAAGAGAAUUUAAUUGAUGCAUGACUUCCUUUUAGACCAUUUAUCUUCAUUUUUUCUAGUUAUUUUUAUAUCUUCUUGUUUGUCUCCUUCAUUGUAAAAGCAUAAGCCAGUCCCAAAUAGAAAAUGAGUUCAUUUUUCCCAUCAAAAUGAUUGUCUCAGGCUGGAGAGAUAGUGCAGUGGGUAAGAUGCCUGCCUUGCUCAAAGCCAAACGAGGUUCAGUCCCCACCUCCACAUAUAGUCACCUGAGCACUGCUGGGAGUGAUCCCUGAGCACCCCUGGGUGUGACCCAAAAACAAACUAAAAAAAAAAUUCUCUUUUUAUUUUAUGUUAAUUGCAUGACUGAAGAAGUUCCCUAGACAAAAUUAUUGAUCUGAUAUUUAAGCCUUAGAAAUUAGUUUCAGGUAUGUUAAAAUACGGCUUGUGAGGUCUGUAGCUAAGUUGGUUCUUUGAAGUGGAAAUAAUGCCUUGUUCAAAACAUCCUAGAUUAAAAAGUCACCCUGGAGUGACCUCAUCUAUAAGUAAUGGUCCUCUCUUCACAAGUUUUUCCUUCACUGCUUUACAUGUUGUUUUCAUGUCCAGAACAAAACAAAUGUAAGAUAUUUUUGCUAUAAUCAUGUUUUUUAAUUAUUAUUAUAUUAUUUUUGUGUUUAUUCUCACCAUUUUAUGCCCAUGAUCACAAGAAAAGGAAAUGUGCUGUUUUGCACAAUAUCUCUUUAUUAGCAAGUCUUUCUAACUAAAUGGAAGCCUUACCUUUCUCUGUGUUUAAUGGUAUUCAUAAUACCUGCACAGGGAGUCAAAGGCUUGUGGUUUGGGCUUGUAGCUGCCUUUAUUUUCUCUUAACUUGAACUGUGAGUGUUUGGAGCAGCUGAUCACAUUGAUCAGGAACUAAAGCCAAAUGCUUUGUAGUUUUAUAUGUAUGUAGCCCCUAAAAAAUUGUGGACUUUGACUUUUAGUUUUUAAUUUAGGGGAUAGUCUUACCUUUUCUUGACAAGAACAAGAGAAGCUUUAAACUGUAUUUAUUCCAGUUCUACAUUCCCAUUUCUUUUGGGUUACUCUUAAUAUUUGUAACUUUAAUAAAGAAUUUAGUGCUUUCAUCCCACCACAACUUUGAAUCUGUCAGGACUAUUGAAGCAGGAAAUCCUCGGUGCAAACUUUGGCUAGGUAAUACUUUUAAACAAAACAGUCUCAAUAAUGAAAGAUUUAGAGAAUUCAUCCAUAUAUACUUCUGUAAAAGUGUAUGGUAAUUCAUAGAUUCUUAAUUCCUUCAAACAAUUACAUUCAGUAUGAUCUAUGGGGAGAAAACUCCCUACAUGGUUGUUUAUGAGGGGGCCAGGGAUGUAACUCAGUGGCAGAGCACAUGCCUUCCAUGUAUGGGGCUCUCAGACCCCUGGCAGCACCAUGGGGGAAAAAAAAAGUUUAGAAGGAUAAGUCACAUUGUCAUCAUUUGUGUCACCUCUUAGAAAAUCUUUCUCAGAGUAGAAACAUAGUUUUUAUUGGGAUUUCCAAAAAUAGGACUAAUUUUUAUAAAAUGUUUACUCCUUUCCAAAAAGAAGGGAGGAGUAACAGUUUUCCUUUUCUUUAUAACAGUGAUUAUUGUUAUUCCUAGAUAUUUUAAGUUCAAAAAAAUCUGAUAUUAAAGUAAAUGUGUCCCUUAAUACUAAGGGAUAAACCUUCAGAAAGUGUCACAAUGCAUUUUUAAUUUUAGACUUGAACCCCACUUCAUCUUUAGCUUUUGUUGUGCUUUCUUAAGGCUUCUUUAUUUUUGAUAUACAGAAUGCAGUUAUACUUGAUCUUUUAAAAUUGAAAUGUGAGCUUAUCAGUAAAAGAAAAAAACCUGCACAGUCAUAAUAAUCAAUAGCAAUUAUACUGCACAAUUCAGUGAUUGUAAAGUAUCCUGUAACAAGCAAUGUUUGUCUCCUAUUUUUUGAUACCUCUUAAACUUAUGUCUUUUAGAAAGACAGUGCCUCUGUAUGCUUUUUGUAUUUUUACUGAGUGUAAAUAUUUGUUAUAUUUUUGGUUAAGAGAAUGUAAAAGUACCAUUUAUUAUUAUCAUAUCUAUUAAUACAUUGAUGAAAUCAAUAAAGAAUCUACAUUA